CUGCUCUGCUUCUGCUCCGUGGCGGGUCCCCUUAGAGCUGGCGCCUCGGGCGGGGCCGGAAGACAUGGGCGCUACCUGGAGGAGCCCGGGUUGGGUGCGGCUCGCCCUCUGCCUCGCGGGCUUAAUACUCUCUCUCUACGCGCUGCACGUGAAGGCGGCGCGCGCCCGGGACAAAGAUUACCGCGCGCUCUGCGAUGUGGGCACGGCCAUCAGCUGUUCGCGCGUUUUCUCCUCCAGGUGGGGCCGGGGCUUUGGACUGGUAGAACACUUGCUGGGCCCGGACAGCAUCUUCAAUCAAUCCAACAGCAUAUUUGGUUGCAUCUUCUACACACUACAGCUAUUGUUAGGUUGCCUACGGGCCCGCUGGGCAUCUAUCCUGCUGGUGCUGAGUUCCCUGGUGUCUCUCGCUGGUUCUGUCUACCUGGCCUGGAUCCUAUUCUUCGUGCUCUAUGAUUUCUGCAUUGUUUGCAUCACUACCUAUGCCAUCAAUGUGGGCCUGAUGAUGCUCAGCUUCCGCGAGGUCCAGGGACCCCAGGGCAAGGUCAAGGGGCACUGAGCCGUCAUGCCAGGCUGACCUCAUCUGCUCUGCUUUGGCAUGUGAGCCUUGCCAAGGGGGCCACGUCUGGGUCCUUAGAAGAGUCUGCAACCCACCCCCACCCCCACCCCCACCAUCCUCGCACACAGGACAAUGAACCAAAUGUGCCACGCUCUUUCCUCCACCCUAGUGCCUCUGGCUCUGUCUCCAAGGGCUGGUUUCCAAAGCUCCUGCUGUUACCCAAGGAGGGAAGGUUCUGAGCAAUAAAAUUUCUUAAAUAAA